GAAGCCUUUUAAAUAGUUGAAGAUGUGCUUUUGAACAACUUGAGCUCUGUCAAGGGCUUUCAAUUGACUUUGAGGCCUUAGCUCCUAAUCUUCACCUUCAAAACAUUAAUUCCUUCAAGAAAAUGGCUGUAUCAAGAGAAGGUGAGACAGAGUCCUCACACUUGGCCCAAACAGUUGAAGGAACAACUCUUCCAACUUUGGCUGAGAGUCAGAAAAAUACAUGUGAUCAGUUCUCCCAAACACUUCAAACACCCAUGGCUUCUGAGAAUGAGCGAAGGCGUAAUUGGGUACUAAAUGUGCCGGAACCACCAGGCCUGUUUUCCAAGCUGAAGACUUCAUUCAAGAAAACAAUAUUCUCUCCUCUUGAAAACAAGCUUCACUGCAUUGGAAAGCAGCCCCUUCCUGCACUCUUUUCCAUUCUCAACACCAUAUUUCCUCCACUUUCUUGGUGUAAACAAUACAAUGUAACAAAAUUCAAAAGUGAUAUCUUGGCUGGUUUAACUCUUGCAAGCCUUUGCAUCCCUCAGAGCAUUGGCUACGCGACUCUUGCAAAACUUGAUCCUCAAUAUGGCCUGUACACGAGUGUUAUCCCACCGCUAAUUUACUCUAUGAUGGGGAGUUCAAGAGAUAUAGCAAUUGGACCAGUUGCUGUUGUUUCACUACUUUUGUCCUCAAUGAUUCAGAAAUUUGAAGAUCCUGCUGUUAAUCCAGCUGCAUACACAAAACUCGUGCUUACUGUAACCUUCUUCGCGGGUACUUUUCAAGCUGCCUUUGGACUACUUAGGUUGGGAUUUCUAGUUGAUUUUCUGUCACAUGCUGCUAUUGUUGGUUUCAUGGCUGGUGCUGCUUGUGUGAUUGGUCUACAACAACUCAAAUCAUUGCUUGGGCUUUCAAAGUUUACAAACAAUACUGAUAUCAUCUCUGUCUUAACUUCUAUCAGCAAAUCAAUGCAUACUUGGAAUCCUUUUAGCUUUAUGAUUGGGAGUUCAUUCUUGAUCUUCAUCCUUUUUACCAAGUACUAUCUGGCAAGAAAGCACAAGAAACUCUUCUUGUUAUCUGCAAUGGCGCCACUGCUAUCUGUAAUUCUGUCAACAUUAAUUGUUUUCUUGACAAGAGCUGAUAAACAUGGUGUUAAGAUAGUGAAGCACAUAACUGGAGGUUUGAACCCGACUUCCAUUCAUGAGUUGCAGUUCAAUAGUCCCCAUACUGCUGAAGCUGCCAAAAUUGGGCUCAUCGUUGCACUUAUCGCUCUCACAGAAGCCAUUGCUGUAGGCCGAUCCUUUGCUACAAUGAAAGGAUACCGACUUGAUGGAAACAAGGAAAUGCUGGCCAUGGGUGUUAUGAAUAUCACUGGAUCUUUAACUUCUUGUUAUGUUGCAACUGGUUCAUUCUCAAGAACUGCAGUCAACUUCAGUGCUGGUUGUGAAACUGCAGUAUCCAACAUAGUGAUGGCUGUAACAGUGCUAAUAUCACUAGAAUUUUUCACAAGGCUAUUGUACUUCACUCCAAUAGCCAUUCUUGCUUCCAUUAUACUUUCUGCUUUACCUGGACUAAUCAACCUAAGUGAAGCUAAAUACAUUUGGAAAGUUGAUAAAAUGGACUUCCUUACUUGCACUGCUGCAUUUUUUGGUGUCCUUUUUGUGUCUGUAGAGAUUGGCCUGCUCCUCGCGGUUGGUAUAUCAUUUGCAAAGGUCAUUCUAAACUCAAUCCAGCCGGGGACAGAAAAAUUAGGAAGGCUUCCGGGGAGUGAUUUGUUUGGAGAUGUGAACCAAUAUCCCAUGGCAAUGAAGAUACCUGGAGCUCUCAUUGUCAGAGUCAAGUCUGCUUUGCUUUGUUUUGCUAAUGCCAACUUCAUUAGAGCUAAGAUAUUGAACUUGGCACAGGAAGAACAAAAUGAGGAUGCCAUAGAAAGUGCUGAAGAUAAAGUGCAACUAGUUAUCCUUGACAUGUCAAAUUUGCUCAACAUUGAUACAUCUAGUAUAGCUGCUCUAGAGGAACUUCACAAUGAGCUGGAAUCAAAUGGAAUGAAGUUGGCACUAGCGAACCCAAGGUGGCAUGUGAUCCACAAAUUGAGGUUAGCCAAAUUUGUGAAGAAAAUUGAAGGGAGGGUCUAUUUGACCAUUGGAGAAGCCAUUGAAGCAUGUUUGACUAGCAAGAGCAUGCAUGCUUCAUCUUUAAAUAUGGUUUGAUGCUUGUUAAUUUGAGGCCUAGCUAGCCUCACUCAUAUGGUCCUAAACUUCUUCAGUAUGUAUAUUCAAGGGAACAAUAACAAAUGGAGCUAAUAGUAUAUUGUUGCUCCCUAUCACUCAAAGAAAAUGAACGUUAUUAUUUUGAAGAGCUAUUGGAUUUCAAUCAGCUGGCUUGAAUUGAACGUUAUUAUGUUGUAACAUAUAUUUAUGUUGCAGUAUGAAUGUAAUAUAUGUGAGUAUUUUUGCAUACA